ACCCUCCACUCUCUCUCUUCUCUAAAUUCACGUUUUGCCAUCAAACAUCCGUUUUCUAAUUCCUUUUAACAUACCUUCCAUUUUGGACAUCUAUUGUGGCAGAACUGCCCCAAGCCAUGGCUCCAGCCAGAGUCCUAGGGACCUGGUUCAUGAUAUUGGUUCAAGCCACACUCAUUAUUGCUCAAGGGAUACCGGACGAUAUAGGCAUCAAUUGGGGUACCAUUUCGUCGCACCCAUUGAACCCACACAUUGUUGUUGGCAUGCUCAAAGACAAUGGCAUAAAAAAGGUUAAGCUUUUCGACGCCAAUUCUUGGACUCUCAAUUCCUUAGCCAACACAAACAUUGAGAUAAUUGUAGGCAUUCCCAACAAUAAACUCCAAACUUUAGCCGACGAUUAUGAAACCGCCAAGGAUUGGGUCAAAGAAAACAUCACUGAAUAUGUUCGUGGCGGAAAAGUUAAUAUCAAGUAUGUAGCUGUUGGAAAUGAACCAUUUCUGCGUACGUACAACGGAACGUACGUUCAUCCAACAUUUGCUGCAUUGAAGAAUGUUCAGAGGGCUCUCAACGAGGCAGGCGUCGGGGAUAAGAUCAAGGUGACGUCUCCUCUCAAUGCAGACGUUUAUGAUUCUGCUUCAGGAAUUCCAUCUGAUGGAGAGUUUCGUAGUGACAUAAAGGAUCUCAUGGUCCAAAUCGUGCAAUAUUUCAAACAAAAUGGCUCUCCUUUCCUCGUCAACAUCUACCCUUUCCUUAGCCUCUACGAAAACCCCAAUUUUCCAGAAGAGUUUGCAUUUUUUGGCGACGCAGCCAACCCCCUCUACGAUAAGGGAAUCAAAUACACCAAUGUUUUUGAUGCAAACUUCGAUACCCUUGUUUGCUCGCUGAAAAAGGCCGGGACCCCUGACUUGAAAAUCAUUGUCGGCGAAGUUGGAUGGCCAACAGACGGCGACAAAUCCGCCAACAACGACAAUGCCAAGAAAUUCUACGACGGUUUUUUCAAAAAAGUGGCUAAUAACAGUGGAACACCACUUCGACCCGGAAAAUUGGAGAUUUACCUGUUCGGCCUUUUAGACGAGGACAUGAAGAGUAUCCAGCCGGGAUUCUUCGAGAGACACUGGGGAAUUUUCCGAUGGGACGGAACACCCAAAUUCCCGAUCGAUAUUUCAGGGACGGGAAAGGACCAAAUGUUGGUGGGUGCAAAAGGGGUUCAAUACCUGCACAGACAAUGGUGCAUAUACAACAUGGAUGCUCAGAAUCCGGAUGGAAUUGCGCCUCAAAUUAGUUAUGCCUGUACUUACGCCGAUUGCUCAUCCUUGACGCCGGGAUCGUCGUGUGAGAACUUGGAUAAAUAUGCAAGAGCUUCAUAUGCGUUUAACAUGUACUACCAAAUGCAGGACCAAAAUGAAAGAGCUUGUGAUUUUGGGAAUUUGGCCAUGGUGGUAAGGGAUUCGGAUCCGUCGACUAAGAGUUGCUCUUUUCCAAUUCAGAUUGUGAGUGCCGGGAUGAAGGGCGGGGUGAUGAAGGGAGUAAUGGUCCUGGCAGGGGUUUUGUUGGGGUUGUGUUUUACGUAGAAAAAAUAUAUAUUCCCGAAAAUAAAUUUGACACUAAUGA